GACAGUGCAAGAUACAGCCACACCCAUGGCGUCAGUUGAAGAACAACUGCAGCAGGCUGCUGCUAGCGCCACCACGCCAAUGGUGUCCACCACCAGCGUUGCCAGUAGCAACCAGCAAACCCCCACCAGUCACCACUCCAUACUGACCACAGUGGACACACCCAUGGGCCAAGAAAAUGUUAUUUUACUGACCACACCAACAACGGCCACUCCUACGCCAGUGGCGCUCCAUGCUGGUGGCAUGAUGAUCCCCUUCACGAUAGCGGCACAGGGGGCUGGGACCUCGGCUGUCGCUACCACAAAUGCCACUGGUCCCAUCGCAGUCACUAUGUUGACUCCUCAAGAUCUAGCAACACGAAUAAAGGAUGUGGGGCAAUUGGGGCAGAUACCAAUCACUUCUUUAAACAGCCUGGAUCUGGCCAGUCGGUUAAAGGACCUGACUCCGCAGGCUCUGCAGCUGACCACGCCCGGCCUCCCCUCUCCCCAGCAGAUGGAGGCCGGGUCCCCUGGGUCCACCCCCAUCACCCCCAUGACACCCCAGACACAGAAGAUGUACUUUGAACAAAGAUAUGAGCCUUGCCUUGUGUGUGGAGAUAAAGCUUCAGGUAAGGUGCUUGCAUGA